AUGGAGGGCGAGACGCUGCGUCUGCAAUUCGGCACGGCUGCCACGACUAUCGGCACGCACUGGUUGGCCAUACAAGAGUCCAAUAAAGACUUCAGGAAGCCACAUGUGCUGGCGUUUGAAGCCAAAGGGCGUGUACGCCGCCACGUCCGCGCUGCUCUGAAGCAGCAAGAAGACCAUGCGCUGUGGGACGGACAUGUACAGGUGUACGACCAGUCGGCAGUGGCUGAACGAGGAGCUGACGAUGGGCUCUGGAGCUGGGGGAGACUGGGCGAGCCCAACCUCGUCGAGGUGGAGGAUUUUCGUGCACACAUGUCUUUGCACAACUUCUAUGAAGGGUGUUCAGUGGCGAACGGAGGAAACAUUGGUAAUGCGACGCUCGAGCAAGUAGAAGACCGCGUGCGGACAGUUUUAGAGACUUGUGACCAGCUGAAAGUGGUGCAGAGUCUGGUGGACAUGGACUCGUCGUGGGGAGGAUUGGCGCAUGAAGUGAUGACGUACAUUGCGGAAGAGUGUCCGGGUGCAGUGACCGUGAUGGUUGGUAACGAUUGGAGUUAUCCGAUGGUCACUGCAAAUGACGAUGCGCCGUUUCGAACUGCACCAGAGGCACAAGACCGUGUAAAGAUUGAAGCAAGGAAGCGUGUGAACCUGGCGUCGUCCAUGGCGUUACUGUCGGACGUGUGUCACCUUGUGGUGCCUGUGGCCAUGUCGUCAACGUCGUUGACCGACUCAGCUUUUCCGCAGCUCAGUUUCGACCGGUCAAGCUGUGCUGAUGUUUCUUCUGUUGUGGCUACUGCACUCGAAGUGUCGAUGUCAGCUCACCGGGGUCGACCGGUGCAUGAGAUAAUGGAGGGGUUCCAGUCGAGCAUGAAAGUCGCGGAAAUUUCUGCAUCGUUCCCGCACACAGCUGACCCGAUACUACUGCUUCGUAGUAUCUGCGACAGCGUGGCCAAUGAAGUAGGUCGCAACAGCUUUAUGGCAGACGAUCCAUUUCGGAGCUGCUCUCUCCUUCCGGUCAUUCAACAGAGCUCCUCUGCUUGUAGACUCAACGCAGACCACACCAACAAGAAGUACUACCGACGGCUUUACUUUCGUGGAGCAUUUGCCGGCUAUUCGUCGUUACGCUCUGCCAUCGAUACUUGCCCGAUUUCGGCGCGGAAGGUUGCGUUGCAUUGGUCCGAUGUUGUGCCGCUUACGUUAUUGGCACCUCUUUGUCCUCAGACGCUGCAAACCUCGUCUGUUGAUGCGAUCUCUCAGCUGGAACUUUCCAGUCGAACAGGAGUUUACCUGCGAACCUUAGCGCAACUUGCGGCUAGAGGGGACAAACGUACGCUGCAUGAGUUCACGCGGGCUGGAAUGAGUCCCGAUGCCUUCGAAGAAUUAGGAGCUACUUUGUUGGGCAUGAGUGACGCGUACGUCACCUAG